UCGCAGGGCAAAGGCCGUGGGGCGGAGCGGGGCGAUGUGGGGCGUUAUGGGGCGAGCGGGGCUGCGGGCUUUGUCCGGGGGGGCUGCCCUUAAUUCCGGGAGGAACCUGGAAGGGAAAGUGGCUCUGGUGACCGCCGCCACCGACGGGAUCGGGCUGGCGGUGGCACAGAGGCUGGGGGCGGCGGGGGCCCGGGUGCUGCUGAGCUCCCGGCGUCAGCCCAACGUGGAUGUGGCCGUGCAGAAGCUGCGGGCUCAGGGUCUGGAGGUCAGCGGGGUGGUGUGCCAUGUGGGGCAGCCCCAGGACCGGCAGCGCCUGGUGCAGACGGCAUUGGACACCUAUGGCGCCAUUGAC